GGCCGAGGACAUCGAAUUUAUCGCCGUAGUCUUUCAUUUCCGCGGAUUCCCAUCGCCGAUUUUCUCCGGCCACCGUCAGCGGCAACUGCAAGGUCCCUCUUUUAGCCAGGGGGGAAAGCAAAAAUCUUUAGUAGUUUACUGUAAUGGUGAGAGGGAGGGAUGCAUGUUGGGAACAUUGUGCUCUUGUUGAUGCAACUAGACAAAAGGUUAGAUGCAAUUAUUGUAGACGCGAGUUUAGUGGAGGGGUUUACAGAAUGAAAUUUCAUCUGGCUCAAAUUAGGAACAAAGAUAUUGUUCCAUGUACUGAGGUCCCAAAUGAGGUAAGGGACCAUAUUCAGAGCAUAUUAAACGCUCCAAAGAAACAAAAGAACCCUAAGAAACAGAAGGUAGACCAUGACGCCAAUGGCCAGCAAAGUAGCUCUUCAGCUAGUGGCGGUAUUCACCCCAACCUUGGAUGUAGUGGACAGAAUGGUAGCCCUUGCCCGUCUUUGUUAUUUGCACACCAUUCUCCAAGUCCACAGCCAGCGAUUGAUAAUGUACAAAGGCAAAAACAGGAUGAUGCUGACAAAAAGAUUGCUAAGUUUUUCUUCCACAAUUCUGUUCCUUUUACUGCAGCCAAGUCCUUUUACUACCAAGAAAUGGUGGAUGCCAUCACAGAAUGUGGAGUGGGCUAUAGAGCCCCUACAUUCGAGAAGUUGAGAUCUAGCCUUUUAGAGAGAGUGAAGGGUGAUAUAAAUGACCAUUACAAAUUACUUAGAGAUGAAUGGAAAGAAAUGGGCUGCACUAUUUUGUGUGAAUGCUGGUCCGAUGGUAUGGCUAAAUCACUUGUUGCACUUUCUGUCACAUGCCCUAGAGGUACAUUAUUUCUUAGGUCCAUUGAUGUAUCUGGCCAUGAGGAUGAUCCACAGUUCUUAUUUGCGCUGCUUGAGUCAGUUGUUUUGGAAGUUGGUCUUGAAAAUGUUGUCCAAGUUAUAACUGAAAGUUUGGAUGAUUAUGUUUAUGUGGGUAGGCUUCUCAUGGAAAAAUACCCGUCAAUAUUCUGGUCUCCAUGUGCUUCCCAUUGUAUCAAUAAGAUCUUGGAGGAUUUUGGCAAGCUUGAGUGGCUAAGUACAGUCCUCAAAGAAGCAAAAACAAUUACAAGGUACAUAUAUAGUAAUGAAUGGAUUCUUAACAUAAUGAGAAAAUUUACAGGUGGGACGGAACUGAUUAGGCCAAAAAUUUCGAGAUUUGUGUCUAAUUUCCUCUCCUUGAGGGCUCUUGUUAUUCAAGAGGAUAAUCUAAGGCACAUGUUCUCUCAUGCAGAGUGGCUGUCAUCCAUUAAUAGUAGAUCCCCUGAUGCACAAGCCUUUAAGUUACUUUUAUCUUUGGAGAGAUUCUGGAAAUCUGCACAUGAAGCCGUGGCUGUGUCUGAACCACUACUUAAACUCCUGAGGAUUGUAGAUGGUGACAUGCCUGCUAUGGGUUAUAUAUACGAAGGAAUAGAGAGGGCAAAGAUGACCAUUAAAUCAUUUUAUAAGGAUAUUGAAGACAAUUAUGCGCCACUUUGGGAUAUAAUAGACAGGAGAUGGAAUUUGCUGCUUCACUCUCCAUUACAUGCAGCUGCAGCAUUCCUUAAUCCUUCUGUAUUUUACAAUGCCAGAUUUAAGAUGGACUCUAGGAUGAGGAAUGGCUUCCAAGAAGCCAUGAUCAAAAUGGCUUCUGAGGAUAAAGAUAAAGUAGAAAUCACUAAAGAGCAUCCAUUAUACAUAAAUGCGCAGGGUGCUCUAGGGACUGAAUUUGCAGUAAAGGGGAGGACAUUGAAUUCCCCAGGUGACUGGUGGGCAGGAUAUGGGUACGAAAUCCCUACACUACAGAGAGCUGCUAUACGGAUAUUGAGUCAGCCUUGUAGUUUACACUGGUGUAGAUGGAACUGGAGCACAUUUGAAAGAAUUCAUGCUAAAAGAUGCAACAGAACGGAGCUCGAGAAAUACAGUGACCUUGUUUUUGUUCAUUGCAACCUUUGGUUACAGGCAAUAGUUAGAAGCAGAGGUGGGAAAUGCAAGCCAAUAAAUUUUGAUGAAGUAGAUGUCAACGAGGAAUGGCCUACUGAAGUUGGCACUUCUUCCACUCUCUUGGAUGAUUCAUGGUUGGAAAAUUUUCCCCUUAAAUGCAGAGAUAUGCCAAUAUUUCAAGGGGUCAUGAGUUUAGUGGGAUUAGCCUCAGGUCUUAAAUGUUGGGAAAAAAAAGAGGUACAGAAAACUGACCAUUGGCUUAUUGUUUAACUAAACAUUUUAUAAUU